UCCGACAACGCGAAAGGUCCAAAAUGAAGUACAUUCAUUCAUCCGAGACCUUGAACGUCCCCGAGGGAGUCAAGGUCACCAUUAAGUCGAGACUUGUCACCGUCGAAGGACCACGAGGCAAGCUCACCAAGAACCUCAACCACUUAGCGGUCAACUUCUCGCAUCCCAAGAAGGAUGUCAUCCAAAUCGAACUGCACCACGGUGCCCGAAAGAAUGUCGCCACCCUCCGCACAGUCCGAACGCUCAUCAACAACCUGAUCAUCGGCGUCACCAAGGGUUUCAAGUACAAGAUGCGAUACGUCUACGCACAUUUCCCCAUCAACGUGAACGUCGAUAAGAACAACGAGACGGGUCUGUUUGAGGUGGAGAUCCGAAACUUCAUUGGAGAGAAGAUUGUCCGAAAGGUCGUUAUGCAACCCGGCGUCGAUGUUGAGCCCUCGAAGAACCAGAAGGAUGAGCUGCAGCUGUACGGUAACUCGCUCGAGAGCGUCUCACAAUCCGCAGCCGACAUCCAGCAAAUCUGCAGAGUACGAAACAAGGAUAUCCGGAAGUUCUUGGACGGUCUGUACGUUUCGGAGAAGGGCAACAUCGAUGAGGAUUGAGCGGCAUGGGCAACAUUUUCUUACGUACCAGGUGAAUGUGGGGUCUGCAUAAGGGCUGCUUUGCAUGCUAUUUAGCAAGGUGCUCAGAAUGAAAGUCUUGCAAAAUACUUUGAUCACAAGAGAUGCUGUCCUUCUAUCAAGUGCAUUUCAUUCCAGAAGGCG